AUGAACCUGUUCGCGGACUCCCUGGCCGGGGACGCGUCCAACUCCAGCGAACUGCUCUUCGGCUUCAACGCCUCGGGGGCGGCGCUCAACCACAGCCUGCUGGCCCCGGGCGAGCCUGCUCUCAACGGUAAGCCCCUGCCCCGUGGGGACGUGGGAUCCCGAGUGGGGUCUCUCUCUCUCUCUCUCUUUCUCUCUCUAGUACUUCGCGACGAUUUCCGGCAGUCUCCUGGGAACGUGGUGGUGGCAGUGGGGGAGCCAGCAGUGAUGGAAUGCGUGCCCCCCCGCGGCCACCCGGAGCCAUCGGUGACCUGGAGGAAGGGCAGUGCCCCAGUCAAGGAGGAGGAGGGAAGGAUCACGAUCCGUGGAGGGAAGCUGAUGAUGUCACAUGCACACAAGAGUGACGCAGGGAUGUACGUGUGUGUGGCCUCCAACAUGGCAGGAGAACGGGAGAGCGGGCCGGCCGAGCUGGUGGUACAGGAGCGCCCCUCAUUCCUGCGGAGACCGGUGAAUCAGGUGGUCCUGGCGGACGCCCCUGCACAUUUCCCCUGUGAGGUGCAAGGGGAUCCCCCCCCUCGGCUACACUGGCGAAAGGAGGAUGGAGAACUGCCCACAGGCAGGUAUGAGAUCCGGAGUGACCACAGCCUUUGGAUUGGGCGCGUGAGUGCUGAAGACGAGGGGACGUACACCUGUGUGGCGGAGAACAGCGUGGGCCGAGUGGAAGCGGCUGGCUCCCUCAGCGUUCACGUCCCACCCCAGCUGGUGACCCAGCCCCAGGACCAGAUGGCAGCCGCUGGAGGGAGCGUGACGUUUCAGUGCGAGACCAAAGGAAACCCCCCACCUGCCAUCUUCUGGCAGAAGGAGGGAAGUCAAGUGCUGCUUUUCCCCAGUCAGUCCCUUCAGCCCGCAGGGCGCUUCUCAGUCUCCCCCAGAGGCCAGCUCAACAUCACUGACGUGCAGAGUGGGGAUGCUGGCUACUAUGUGUGCCAGGCGGUCAGUGUGGCUGGCAGCAUCCUGGCCAAGGCCCUGUUGAAGGUAAAAGGAGCCUCGAUGGAUGGGCUGCCUCCCAUCAUCCUCCAGGGACCAGCAAAUCAGACACUGGCAGUUGGCUCCUCUGUGUGGCUGCCAUGCAGAGUGACCGGGGAUGCUCAACCCAGCGUCCAAUGGAAGAAGGACGGGCAGUGGCUGCAGGGGGAUGGCCUCCAGCUCAACCUAAUGGCCAAUGGUACCCUGCACAUCACCAACGUGCAGGAGACGGACAUGGGCGUCUACAGCUGUGUGGCCAGGAGUUCCACAGGGGAGGCCACGUGGAGUGCCUGGCUUAGGAGGCGGGAAGACUGGGGAGAAUUACCAGGCCCGCCUCCAGAACCCAGCACCCCUCCGGGGCCUCCCUCUCAGCCAGUGGUCACCGAGGUCACCAAGAACAGCGUGACCCUGACCUGGAAGCCCAACCCGCAGGCUGGGGCCGCAGUUACCUCUUACUUGAUAGAGGCUUUCAGCCAAGCAGCUGGCAACACAUGGCGGACAGUGGCAGAUGGCGUGCAGCUGGAGACACACACCGUCGGUGGUCUGCAGCCCAACACCAUCUACUUGUUCCUGGUGCGAGCGGUGGGAGCCUGGGGCCUCAGUGAGCCCAGCCCCGUCUCUGAGCCUGUCCGCACCCAGGACAGCAACCCAUCCAGGCCAGUGGAGGACCCGCGGGGAGGCCAGCCGGGACUGGCUGAAGUGGCUGUGCGUCUGCAGGAGCCCAUUGUCCUUGGGCCCCGGACCCUGCAGGUGUCCUGGACUGUAGAUGGCCCAGUCCAGCUGGUGCAAGGUUUCCGGGUGUCUUGGAGGGUAGCAGGUCCUGAUGGGGGAAGCUGGACAGUGCUGGACCUACAGUCCCCAAGCCAGCAGAGUACUGUGCUGAGAGGACUCCCCCCGGGGACCCGCAUUCAGAUCAAGGUGCAAGCCCAAGGCCAGGAGGGGCUGGGUGCUGACAGCCUCUUGGUGGCCAGGAGCACACCUGAGGAGGCCCCCAGCGGUCCCCCCCAGGCAGUGGCAGUAGCCUUGGGGGGUGAAGGCAACAGCAGUAUCACGGUGUCCUGGGAACCCCCGCUCCCCUCCCAGCAGAAUGGGGUCAUCAAGGAAUACCAGAUCUGGUGCCUGGGGAACGAGAGCCGCUUCCACCUCAACCCUGAGCGGCGGAAUUGGGACCGGCGGGGCGGAGGAGUGGACAAGAGGGUGGCUAUUUCUGACCCUUUUUCCAUGUUCCCUCUCCUUUCUCCCAUGGGAUCCUUUCCGGAAGCCUCCUUUGCCUACACGCCUGCAGUGUCCUUCCCACACUCGGAGGGCCUUUCGGGAGCCAGUUCCAGGCCACCCGGGGGCCUCGGCCCUGCUCCCUACCCUUGGCUGGCAGACUCCUGGCCCCACCCAUCUCGAAGCCCCUCUGCCCAGGAACCCCGGGGGGGCUGCUGCCCCAGCAAUCCCGACCCAGACGACAGAUAUUACAAUGAAGCUGGGAUCUCCCUGUACCUGGCUCAGACGGCCCGGGGCGCGGCCGCCUCCCCCGAGGGUCCUGUCUACAGCACCAUUGACCCAGCUGGAGAGGAGCUGCAGACCUUCCAUGGGGGCUUCCCCAACUCCUCCGGGGACCCGAGCACCUGGAGCCAGUAUGCGCCCCCGGAAUGGAGCCAGGGGGACAGCGGGCCCAGGGCCGGCAAAGCGAAGCUUCUGGGGAAACCUGUGCAGAUGCCCUCCCUCAACUGGCCAGAAGCCCUGCCCCCACCGCCUCCUUCCUGUGAACUGAGCUGCCUCCAGGGGCCUGAGGAGGAGCUCGAGGGCGGCUCAGAGCCAGGAGAGUGGUGCCCCCCGGUGGUGCCUGAGAGGAGCCACCUGGCCGAGCCCAGCUCCAGCGGAGGUUGCUUGGUCCCUGCGUCCCGAGGGGAGACCCCCUCCCCCACACCUUCCUACGGACAGCAGUCCACAGCCACUCUCACCCCCUCACCUCCCGACCCUCCGCAGCCCCUCACUGACAUUCCCCAUCUCCACCAGAUGCCCAGGAGGCUGCCCCUUGAGCCCAGUUCCCCGCUCAGUGUGUCCCAGCCCGCUCUGAACAGCCACGAGGCGAGGCCUGCUGGCCCCGGGGCUGGCCCCACAGCCGCCUAUCACUUCAGCGCCAGCCCUGUCCCUAGCACCGCCAGCAGUGCCCCAGGGAGAACCCGGCAGGCUCCGAGGGAGAUGACUCCGCCACUUCAAGGGCCCCGUGCUCAUCGGAAGAAACCCAAGGCCGUGCCCUACCGGCGGGAGCACAGUCCUGGGGACUUGCCCCCACCGCCCUUGCCGCCACCAGAGGAAGAGACGGGCUGGGCCUCAGGGCUGAGAGCAGCAGGCAGCAUGUCCUCCUUGGAACGGGAGCGCAGCGGGGAGAGAAGAGGGGUGCAGGGGGGGCCCCUGGGGACCCAUCGGGGGCCCCUCCAGGAUGAAGAGGCCUGGCUCCCUUACAGCCGACCAAGCUUCCUGUCCCGGGGCCAGGCCGCCAGCACCUGCUCCACCGCCAGCAACUCUUCCAGGGGCUCCGGCAGCUCUCGGGGCUCCCGGGGCCCUGGCCGGAGCCGGAGCCGCAGCAGGAGCCAGAGCCAGAGCCAAAGGCCAGGACGGAAAUGCCGAGAGGUGGGGGCUAGGGGUGGAGAAACUGAGAGUGGAGGACUAGGGCUGACUGGGAAGAGGGAGAUAGAGAAGGGCUUGCAGGGGAAGUGUGGAAAGGAGGCGGCCCAGUGAGUGAGGGGCUGGGGGAGUCUUGGGGAACAGUGACAAAGGGUGAAGGCAGAUGACACAUGGCAGAGGAGGCUGGGCUCCCAGAGAAGUGGGUCAGGGGAGGCGGGCGAGAAAGCAGCCUGGCGAUCGCCUCCCGUGGUCUGUUUGCUGUGGGGCAGGUCUUGCGAGCCAGCCUGUGUGUCUCUCUCUAGGAGCCAAGAUAACGCUUGAUGGAGAAUCAGCAGUUCCGUGGGGGCAAGGCUUGUCCCGGGCCAGGAGCCCGGAUGGGAGCCCGUCCCCUGGUAAAUGAGGGGGUGCAAAGAGGAGGAGGGGUCUCUUCCUCCCGGCAGUGAUGGUGGGGCUCCCUGAGGACCGGCUGAGAAGCCAGGGAGACAGCUCUUCCGUUUCCAUCCUACCUACCUGAGACCCGUUUGUAAAAAAGGACAAUAAAGAG